UCUGUCAUCGUCUACACGAACUUCCUACUUGAAUUUCCCAGGUUAAAGGGCUUGGAAAGACGCAAGCAACAGCAUAUGAAUCCGGAUGUGGCAUCAUCUUCAGAUGUACCCAACAUUAAGAUUAAAAUACCAGGAGAUGAUGAAAGCCAUGACGAAACUCCUCCUCUUAUUGCUGCUUCACAUGCCUCAUCACCAGAUUCAGUUGAUAAAUUGUGGAACUCUAGAGAAUGUGUGGAUCUGUACUGGCAUGCACUCCUCAAUAAGUGGGAUAAAAUGCUACCCAUUGUCGAAAAAGAUCCAAAUAGUGUACGCAUUCAAUUGAAUAGAUUAGGCGACAGAGCUCUUCAUGUAGCAGCAGGUGCGGGGAGCACUGCUUUUGUUGAAGAGUUGAUUAAGUUUAUGAGGCCAGAAGAUGUGCUAAUACAUAACUCAGAUGAGAUGCUUCCAGUUCACUUGGCUGCUUUAUCUUUCCAUCACAGAAUAGUUCAACUUCUAUGCUCUCACCAUCUGCUUGACAAAAUGGCUUACAAGGAUAUUAAAAAACUCUUUUUUAUGACUAUUAGCAACAACAUGUUUGAUGUGGCCAUUACAUUAUUUGAAAAACAUCCACUUGCUUUGACCCUUGCAAGAGAUAAAGAGGAGCUAACAUCAUCAUUGCAUAUGCUGGCACGAAAGCCUUAUGAAGUUCUAGACAAAGAAUUACAGGGCGACAGAGGAUUAAUAGGAACGGGUAUAUAUGCGAUUGCUGUAUAGGAUAGUGGAUGAAGUCAAAAAACUGAAAAUCAAAGACAUGUUGGCGUUGACUACUGAACCAUCCUAAGUGUUGUUUGAUGCUCUAGAAUCAAGAAACGGUGACUCAGUAAUAUGGUGUUUUAUGGGGAGUUCUUCAUUACUCAUGACCUUUAAGGACUCUAAUGGACGGAACCUAGUACACUUGUUUUUUCUAUAUCGACGUUUGGACUUCUUUGAACAAUUUCUAAAUGAGAGAAAACAGUAUUUACUAAGAGCCGUGGACAAUGAAGGUAACAACGUUCUACACCUGGCUGCGCUUUUGGCCCCUCAAUUCAAAUUAUUCUCAGGUUUAAGUGCAAAAUUUCAAAUGGACAAAGAGCUCUCUUGGUUCAAGGUCAAUUUAUUCAUUUCCUUAUUCCUUAUUCGAUCGUUCUUUAUUCGAUCGUUCUCUUGGUUCAAGGAUGCGGAGAGAAGAGUUCCUCAUGGAUUAAAGAGUAUGAAAAACAAGAAGGGAAAGACACCAGUUGAUGUAUUUUUUGAUGAACACAACCAGUUAUCCAAAGAUAUCAAAGAAGCUGCUAAAGGAAUAGCGGAUUCUGGAAUGGUUGUGGCAACGCUUGUUGCUACUGUAGCAUUUGCAGCUGCUCUCACUGUUCCAGGUGACAAGAACAAUGUCUGGUUCAUAUUUUUCAUCGUCACAAAUGCAAUCGCAUUGUUCACUUCUUCUGCCUCCAUACUCUCUUUCUUGACAAAUUUCAUUUCUUCAAGAUUCGCAGACACUGAAUUUGUUAUAUCAGUACAUCCCAGCUUGUAUUAUGGCCUUCAGUUACUAAUGAUCUCCGUUACUACUUUGGUUUAUGCUUUCAUUGCAGCAUCCUUUCUGAUAUUUGAUCACACAACAAAAUGGGUUUCUUAUGUAGUGACUCCAAUGGGGUUUUCCCCAUUGCUUGUGUUUAUUCUCUUCCAGUCUAAGUUCUGGGAUGACUCCUAUUGGUCUAAAUACUAUCGUCCUGAUCCCAACCUUGGGCGCCAAACUUAAUACUCACUCACCUACGUUAGCAUCAUUAAGUGUC